AUGUGGGAUUUAGACAAGCAAGUCCGCGGCAAAGCAAUGAUUGACAGCCAAGACUCGACGUUAAACGGCCGCCUAGGUAUCGUCUCCUUGCUCUACCGAGGGGCUGGGCCCACGGAUGUUCCCAUUGUUGGGUAA